AUGACUUCGCCUGACGAUUUUCGACAGAUAAAGUUAAUAUCUGUUACCUUCAAGGAGGCUGCAUUAGACUCUCCUAGCUUUAGAGCAUCAAUAAAUCAUAUAGAUGAUCAAAUUGAUAACAUUGAGAAAUGGGUUAUUGCAUUAUCAAGUUCUGUUAAGAAAUUCCCGAAAUACUUAGAAGAAUUGCAAUCAUUUUCGAACUCAUUCUUAGAGCAUCUAGUGCCUCUGUUUAUCCAAGAUGGCUUAAUAGACCAGGAAUACACCGUUCAAUCAUUAACUACGACAGGAGAUGGGUUGAAGAGACUUUGGGGUACAAGUCUUGCUGCGAUGAAUGUCAAGUCAUCUACAAUUGAUAGGUUGCAUUCUCGGGUCAUAAAGGAUAUUAAUAAUUACAAAGAGCUGAGGGCACGUUUUGAGAUGGCUCAAAAUAAAUACGAUAAAUACUUGGAAAUAUAUCUUUCAUCGUCGAAAACUAAAAAUCCAACCAUAGUAAUGGAGGAUAUGGCUCAAUUGUUUCAAGUAAGACGAGAUUACAUACACGAAAGCCUCGAAGUGGUAAUUCAACUAACACGAUUGGGAAAUCUCUUAGAUAAGUUAUUAGUCAGGUUUAGUACUGACUUUUGGAAAGAAAAGAAGCAGAUAUUUACCGAUUGGGUUGAUACAGCUUACAAAGAAGAAUGGGAAAAAAUUCAGAAAAUUCAAAAUUGGAGUGACUGCUAUGCCUCUGCGAUCGGCAAGAUAAAUAAGGAUUUACACCAAGCCAGAUAUCAAGUAGAGCAAAGUUCGUCAAACCAGUACCAACCUUCUACUAAUGCCGACGACUAUAAUGUUUCUUUAAUAAAUGGAAAAUCUUUAUUAGAUAGCGAAGAAGUAGGAUUUGAGAAACAUGGAUAUCUUUUUAUGAAGACGUAUGUUGAAAAAUCUGCUAAGCCAGUUUGGGUUAGAAGAUGGGGUUUCAUUAAAAAUGGGGUUUUUGGAUUGUUGAUGUUGAGUCCAUCUAAGAAGUUUGUUCAAGAGUCAGAUAAAAUUGGUAUUCUUCUAUGUAAAAUUCAAUAUGCUCCAAAUGAAGAUAGGAGAUUCUGUUUUGAGAUCAAGACUGUUGAUAUAACUAUUGUUUUUCAAGUCGAUACUUUGAAAGAAUUAAAGUCAUGGUUAAGAGUAUUCGAGAAUGAGAGGACAAGAAUUUCUGACUCACAGGAUGCAGGGUUAUUUAAUAUUGCAUCUGGGAGGUAUCCCCCAAUUUUAACAGAAUUUGCGUCAACGGCGAAUACGUCAAUGGAUCGAGAGCUAACCAGCGCUAGAAUUGUUAACUCGGUGGGUCAAAUAAUUACUUCAAGUAAAUUGUCAAGCCACAUCGAAAAAAAUGAAGCUUUCUUUAGAAAUCAUAUUUAUUAUCAAAUUCCUCAAAUCAGACCUCCCUUUAUUACUGAUACUACCAGAUCCUCAAUUAUUGGAUAUAGUAUCGCAGACGCAACUUCUUUACCAACAGCCCUCACAGCUAAUAUCUGGGGAUCAGUUAAUUGGGGAUUGUACUAUUUAAAUGACUAUUAUGAUGCAAAACUAACAGAUCUGGAUAGACAGAGGGAUAUUGAAUUGGAAUCGGAAACCGAUAGUUAUGAAUCUGGUAUUCAUUAUCCACUUGGCUAUCCUGACGAUUUGGUACUGUUGGACAUACAAAUGAGAGCUCUUUUCGAGGUAGCAGUAGAAGCGGGUGAAAUUUGCUUGGUAUCAUUUAGAUGUAUUUGCUCACCUAACUCCAAGCAAGAUUUAAGUGGAAGAAGUUUCAUUACUAAAAAUCAUAUUUAUUUUUAUAUCCAAGAAAGCGGAUUUAUUUCGUUGCUUAAAAGACAUAUAGGGUCCAUAGUUUCUGUUGAAUACUCUCGUCGGAAACAUAAUGAUUUGCUCAAAAUUUAUAAUGUUAAGGGUGUUAUGACGAUGAAAUUAUUUUUGGACGAUGGUAACUUGAUUAGACAAAAACUAAUGCAUAUCAUGAACAAUCGGAUAAGUGAUAAUCCCAAGCGCAACCAAGGUCUUGUUACUGACUUAGUUGAAAUUGAAACUCAAUACUAUAAAGCAAUGACGGAUGCUAGAGAAAAUGUGUCGAAUAAUGAAAAUACUACAACUAUUAUACCAUCAGUUAUGGUAAGCAAUGAUGAAAAUCGGUCAAUGCAAUUUAAGGUUAAUUAUAGAGAUGAAUCAUAUUCCGUUCUCGAAGGAACUUAUAAUUUACCACCAAAGGCAAUAUUCCAUGCAUUACUAGGUGAUAAUUCUAUUAUUUUGGAUGGAAAAAAUGCUUUCACCAGUUUAGGAUCUAUCAUCAAGAUGCCGUGGAGUAAAUUGCCAAAUGGUAAAUUGCAUCGUAAAUUCAAUUCUCCAACAAUUUAUGAGGGACGAAAUAGAGGAGAGCUUCAAUUUGAGCAAAAUAUAGAAAGCAUGGUGGACGAUGAAUAUUAUAAUUUCACUCAUGUAAAAUCGAGCUAUAAAUUUCUUGGUUGCAAGUUCAGCAUCAAUUAUAGAUUCGUAAUAACGAGACUAACAUAUACUCAGAGUAAAUUCUUCGUUUACGCUAAAACUGAAUGUGACAAAUGCCUGGUUCUAUCGAAAAUGAUUCAAGCUGUAUGCCACAGACUUUGCAUUAACCAAGCUAAAGCUCUAGACGUGGAUUUGAAGAAUGUUGUAAAGAAAGUGGGUACACACGGCAUGAUUGUUAAAGCUAUAUACCUUUAUGGCAAAUUAACUCAAUAUGAGCAAUAUGUUGAUGAAGUCAAACCGAUUCCUGUUGUGAAAAUUAGAGUAUUGGGCGUUAUAAGUGUUAUCGUCAGACAAUUCCUAUUCUACAACUUGCUCAUAAUCUCAGGAUUGUUUCACUUUAUUGCAAAUUUAGUAAUAACGAUAGCUAGGGGUAUUCGCAUGAACUAUGCCCUAUUAUUUAUAUUAUUACUUUCGAUAUUAUUCAAUUUCUUUCUAAUGGGAAAAACCUCAUACUCAUACUGGAUCGUCCGCAGUGCUAGCAAGUUGGCGGAUGAACAUUUACACUCUAAGCCCAUGAUGCUACAGCGUGCAAUUUAUCUCCGUGACGCUACUGACAUGCUCGAAUCGAUUCAUGUUUCUCAGCUUCAUGUAAAUUCUACUUCGUCUCCAUGCUUUGAUACAUUCAAAAACACAUCCUUUGUCUUGAAUUACGAUAAGACCACUUCCUGGAAAAAUGAAUAUGCAGACGAAUCAACCAGGGAGGUCGCAAGAGGCUUGAAGAAAACUUUUCAGGAAAUAGGUGUCAAGAGACACGAUUUAUUAGUCAAGUUAAGAAUGCUAAAUGAAAUGGAAACAGAAAUCGCCAAAGCAGAAUGGCGCAACUGGCUUAUGAGUGAGUUACAGCGAUGCGAUUAUAUCAAUGAUGAGUUAUUCAAGACAAUUAAAGCUGACGCUAAUGAGAAGACUUAUAGUGAGAUGGCCUCGGGGAUAAGUUCCGUUGAAUCUUACUGCGAAUGCUGCUCGGCCGAAUUAAAAAACUUAGAUCUUUUAUAG